GCCGCUAGGUCGAGAUUGCUGCGCGCGCGCACCCCGCUCGCCAGUCACAGUCAGUCCACCGCCGCCGCUCGAACCGAGCGGACGUGUCUCCCGCUAAAAAACUCGCAGUAUCGCGUGUGAUAGUGAUUAUUUCUGCUUAUCCGUGCAGUGUUUAGGAGACACAGCGCCGUUUGGAAAUAACACCAUCGGCCACAUGAAGCGGGAGCAGCACACUGAAACAGUCUGAAACUCAUCUGACCGUCCCGUUGGACCCUAAAUAAAUAAGAUAUUUAGAAAAAACACGCAAACAUGUCGUCCAAAGCGAUCUACGAAGCCACCGGCAAAGACCUUAUUAAUAGGCACAUCCAGUCCGGCACCGCGAUGGUGCCGUGCCGGUUCGCCACGUUCGAGCAGGGCACCGUGUGGGAGGACGAGCUUGGGAAGAACCCGUGGCUCGCUAAAGAGAACCUAGUAGUAAAACCGGACCAGCUGAUCAAGCGGCGCGGCAAGCUCGGUUUAGUGGGCGUGAACAAGUCCGCCGCGGAGGUGCGCCGUUGGCUGAGCGCGCACGUGGGCAAGACGCAGGCGGUGGGCGCGACCAAUGGCGUGCUGCGCCACUUCAUCGUCGAGCCGUUUGUGAAGCACGAUGCGUCCGAAGAGAUGUACAUCUGCAUCCAGUCGGGGCGGCGGGCGGACACCAUCCUGUUCCACCAUCAGGGCGGCGUGGACGUGGGCGACGUGGACGCCGUCGCCACCAGGCUCGAGGUCCCCGUGGACACUUUCCCCGAUGCGCAGGCCGUCAGCAACACAUUGCUGGUCAACGUGACGUCUCAGAGGAACAAGCAAAUCCUGACAACCUUCAUCACGGCUCUAUACCGCGUUUUCGUCGACCUCUACUUCACAUACAUGGAGAUAAACCCGAUAGUGGUCACCAACGAACGCAUCUACCUGCUGGACCUGGCCGCCAAGCUCGACCAGACCGCCGACUUCAUCUGCGCCAAGAACUGGGGCGCGGUGACGUUCCCGCCCCCAUUUGGGCGCGACGCGUACCCCGAGGAGGCGCACAUCGCCGACCUGGACGCCAAGAGUGGAGCCAGCUUGAAGCUAACCAUCCUCAACAAACACGGCCGCAUCUGGACGAUGGUGGCCGGCGGCGGCGCCUCCGUCGUGUACACCGACACCAUCUGCGAGCUAGGGGGCGCUAGCGAGCUGGCCAACUACGGGGAGUACAGUGGCGCCCCCACCGAGAGCCAGACGGCGGACUACGCCAAGACUAUCUUCAGUCUGAUGUGCAGGGACAAGCAUGUUGAUGGGAAGGUGCUAAUCAUCGGCGGGGGUAUCGCCAACUUCACGAACGUGGCGGACACGUUCCGCGGCAUCAUCUCCGCCAUCGAGACGUACAAGGACGCGCUCGUGCAGUACAAUGUGACCAUCUUCGUGAGACGAGGCGGGCCCAACUACCAGGAGGGACUUAGACAAAUGCGCGAAGUGGGCCACCGCCUGCGCAUCCCGCUCUACGUGUUUGGGCCGGAGUCCAACAUGACCGGCAUCGUGGGCCUGGCGCUGGGCCACGCGCCCAUCCCCAAGGACCACCAGCUCGACUACGCGCCCAAGCAGCUGCCCAAGACCAAGCCCGCGCCAAAACCCGACCUCCAGAUCCCCGAGCUGAACAAGAAGCUGUUGGACCUGGUCUGCUCGCAGGCACCCACCAAGCUGGACCUGGGCCAGACGAUAUCUACUGCUCAGCCGCUGUUUAGUGACAGGACUAAAGCUGUGGUUUGGGGCAUGCAGAACAGAGCUAUUCAGGGCAUGCUGGACUUCGACUUCAUCUGCCGGCGCUCGGAGCCGUCGGUCGUGGCCAUCGUGUACCCCUUCACCGCCGACCACAAGCAGAAGUACUACUUCGGCAACCAGGAGGUCUUCAUACCGGUGUUCUCUGACAUGGACGUGGCGAUGCGCAAGCACCAGGAGGCGACGGUGCUCGUCAACUUCGCCUCGCUGAGGUCCGCCUACGAGAGCACUAUGCAGGCGAUGCAGCACCCGCAGAUCAACACGGUGGUCAUCAUCGCGGAGGGCAUCCCCGAGAACAUGACGCGCAAGAUCAUCAAGCUGGCCGACGUGCGCGGCGUGAACAUAAUCGGCCCGGCGACGGUGGGCGGCAUCAAGCCGGGCUGCUUCAAGAUCGGCAACACCGCCGGCAUGAUCGACAACAUCAUCGACAGCAAGCUGUACCGCCCCGGCAGUGUGGCCUACGUGUCCCGCUCCGGCGGCAUGAGCAACGAGCUGAACAACAUCAUAGCCAAGGAAGCUGAUGGAGUCUGCGAGGGCGUCGCUAUUGGAGGGGACCGCUACCCGGGGACCACGUUUAUUGACCACCUGCUCAGAUACGAAGCGGACCCCAACGUCAAGAUGCUAGUCCUCUUGGGAGAAGUUGGAGGUGUUGAAGAGUACCACGUGUGCCGCGCCAUGCGAGACGGUGUCAUCAAGAAGCCGGUGGUGGCCUGGUGCAUCGGGACCUGCUCAGACAUGUUCACCUCCGAAGUGCAGUUCGGGCACGCCGGCUCGCUGGCCGGGUCCGCCAUGGAGAAGGCGGCGGCCAAGAACGCCGGCUUGAAGGCGUACGGCGCCACCGUGCCGGAGUCCUUCGACAGCCUCGGGGGCGCUAUUAAACAGGUGUACCAACAGCUGCUGAAGAGCGGCAAGAUCCUCGUGAAAGAGGAGGUGGAGCCGCCCAAGGUGCCCAUGGACUACGACUGGGCCAGGAAACUGGGCCUGAUCCGCAAACCGGCGGCCUUCAUCAGCACGAUCUGCGACGAGCGAGGCCAGGAGCUGAGCUACUGCGGCGUGCCCAUCAGCCAGAUCCUGGAGAAGCAGCUGGGCGUGGGCGGCGCCAUCAGCCUGCUGUGGUUCCAGCGCGAGCUGCCCGAAUGGGCGUGCAAGUUCUUCGAGCUGGUGCUGAUAGUGACGGCGGACCACGGGCCGGCCGUGUCGGGCGCGCACAACACCAUGGUCACCGCCAGGGCGGGAAAGGACCUCAUCUCUUCCGUUGUCAGCGGACUGCUCACCAUCGGUGAUCGUUUCGGCGGCGCUCUCGACCGCGCGGCAGCCGACUUCUGCGCGGCGCACGACCGCGGCCAGCACCCGCAGGAGUUUGUGAACGAGAAGAGGGCUAAGGGAGAGCUCAUUAUGGGCAUUGGACACAGAGUGAAAUCCAUAAACAACCCCGACUCCCGCGUGCGCGAGCUCAAGGCCUACGUGACGUCACGCUGGCCGGCCUGGCCCGUCACCCGCUACGCUCUGGACGUGGAGGCCAUCACCACGAGGAAGAAGCCUAACCUGAUCCUGAAUGUUGAUGGAAUUGUGGCGGCCGCCAUGGUGGAUCUGUUCAGGCAUUGCCAGCUGUUUACGCAGGAGGAAGGCAACAACUACAUCAACAUGGGCUCCAUCAACGCUCUCUUCGUACUCGGCAGGACCAUCGGCCUGGUGGGGCACUACCUCGACCAGAAGCGGAUGAAGCAGCCCCUCUACAGACAUCCGUGGGACGACAUCACCUACAUGUCGCCCAUGAACUAAAUGUGAAACGUGUAGCUUUAGCACAGGUUUUGUAGGUUAUGUCUCUUGCGUACAAAGUGGCGCCUCUGCCGGUGGAGAAGGGAAACUUUUGACAGGUAUGCAAGGGGUUGAAAUAAGCUAUGAAAACCUGUGCUAAGGGUGCGGUCAUUCGUUUUCUCGAUUACAUAUAGCACACUCGAGUUUCUUUAUUAUUGCCUUGCAGUCUUGGGAAUGUUAUAAUUCGUGUACGAGUUAUGUUUACGUUAUCUAAGGCUGCGGCUAAUAGUUAUGCGACUACACAGGUGUAGUUAUGUAAUGGAGGAAAUAAAUGCAUAGGAACAUAUAAAGGGCGGCUUGUAAGGACAGUUUUUAACGAUUAUCCACGCAUGCAGUUAUAACAUUUUUAAAUGUUACCGAUAGAUGGAGCUACGAUAAACAUGUAAUGUUUGUAUGACCCUUUAGCAAGUAAUAUUGCACCUAUUCGAUCGCUCCUUUUAAUAAGCAUAAGACGUGGAUAUCUAACAAAAUGUUGUCAUUGCAUGUCGCACUGAACUAAAUAUAUAUUUACAAACAGCGCAUCGCUGAAAACCGUUAAAAGUAAAGCGAAGAUCUGCCGUCAUUCCAUAUUCUUUCGUAACUAUUUAUUUUGGUUCCAAUGUGCUUUAGUCCUUAAUGUUUUUAUUUUAUGUGUACCAUUUUUACAACUGUGUGCCGAGACAAGAUACAUAUACAAGAUAUGGUGUAAUUAAAACCUAAGAUCUUGAACUUUUAGUACAACGCUUAGGCUCGCUAAGUUUCGCAACAUUAUUUAGCUAGUUUUUAAGCAAAGCGACUAAUUUUAUCGAUUCAACUAACGAAUACUUGACGAGACGGCUUUGACAUCGAUUUAAAUGGAACCCCUUGUUUGUAGUAGCAAUAUUUUGUUCGAAAUAUAUCGAUACAUAUCACUAACUAUGUAAUUAACUUAUAAAAAUGCACAUAUUUUUAGAUCUGCACUGCUUUUAUUGUAUAUGUAUACAAAAUAUUGUCCAAAUAAAAAUACUUGUGAUGCGUAUUUCUAUAACUCAUUUAAAAGUAGAUGUUUAAAUAUUGUUAUUACUUAUAGGGUUUACACCCAAACUGAAUGUUAAAAACGUCGAAAUAAAUAAAAUUGUUGUCACAAAAAUAUGAAGAAACUUAAAAAAAAAACGUUACAGCACGGUAGGACUGAUUGCACUUUAGAAAAAAAGUUGUCACAAGGAAAAUAUAUAAAAAAGCUUAUAUAUUUUUUUAAUAAUAUAACGUAGUUUAGGUAAAAUGGUGUUAUGGUGCGUAGCGAAUCUUUUAGUGUAUAAAAUAAAUUAUUGAAAUAACAUUCGUAUAUAACUCUGUUCCCUCUUUUUAAUUAAGUAUUUGUUAAGAGUGAAUUAAUUGCAUUUUUGAAACAUCGAAUCAUUCUUUUGCAAACUGACCGACUAGGUUUGUGCGGGAAAAGUAAAAGUCAAUAUAUCUAUUUAAUUCUGACAUGAUCAGACUAUACUUUUUUCGCAACUAUUGUCUGAGCAUAAUUAUAUCAAACUUGGGUAUGUCCAAUCCUUAAUGUUAUGUAUAAGUUGUAAUGUUCUUUUUUCUAACUUAUUGGAAUAAUUGUGAAAAUGGUUGGUAAUUUGUAAAUAUUUGGAUUUUUGUCUUAUUUGAAUUAUAUAUUUUUUUAUUAUUUAA